AUGAAAACGUCGACCACGGGCGGGGAUCAAAUGAACAACAUGACCGCAGUGGUAGAACAAGUAGCAGUAGGAUACAAGAAGAACGACGAGCGUAGACCACUGGGGAUCAUGAUGGCCACACCCCCAAGAUCUCCCUCGUCGUCGUUGCCACCAGCAGUAGAACGACAUGAAGUGGUACAAGAGCCGAAAGACCUUUCACUACAACAACCAGAAGGCGAAGCAACUACCACUGAGUCCGGACCAGGAGCGAAAAAACAGGUUUUUUCGCCGCCGGCGAGAGGAGACCAGGACGGCGAGCCAGUGAAAGAUAAUGGUGCUGAAGAUCAUGGUCCUAGUCCUACUAAGCCAGCCGCUUCCGUCCUCGCCCCUGCUGCGCCGAUAAUUUCGCUGAAAGAGCAGCGGCAGCUCUUUUUGCAAUCUUUGUUCGACGAAACAGAAACGGAGGAGUCGCGGAAGGAAAAGGAAAUUUCUUAUGCGAAAUUCUCCAAAAAGCUAUCCAAUUGGGAGAAGAACUGGAUCGGUGCUGCAUCGUCGUGCUCCACGACCUGCUCAGGGGAAAACGGAAAUGGCACGCACGACAAAAACGAAGACGAAGCUCAGAGCGACCGGGGGAACGGAAAUAAGAGCAACGACGUCUCUGCUGAAUUAUCGCAAGUGCAACACAUCGGGCUACAGCCGCGCAUAACGACGAGCCUAGGUCCCGUCUUGGAAAUCGUCUGGCGUGACGGUGACUACAGUGCUGACAAGUAUGUUGAACAGACGAGAAGUUGUAGACCGCAGAGCCAGGGCAAUAUUGGCGAGAAAGAAGUAGCGAAUCCAGUAUUACAACUUCCACCUGCAACACUUGCGGCAGCGGCGCCGGCACUGGGAGCUGUCGGGAGCAACGGAUUUCGAUUUGGCGGACUUGCUAGAGUGCGAGCAGAUGUUGAGUCGUCUUCUCACCAGCAGUCUUGCCCCGGCCAAGAUGAUCAACAAGACCAGGAGGACCAACUGCUUCCCCUAGGACAACCGGGGCCGGCACUUGGUCCAGAUGAAGUGCAGCUCCAAACAAGUGGCACCACGUCUACCACCUGCAGCUCCACCCUAUUCACGCCCACAGACCAAGUGGCUUUCCACGCGAUGACGGAAAAAGCACAGAUGCUGCAAAAACUCGUUUCGGAAAAACUGGAUCAACUUCGAGCUUCAUCCGGUACCCCUGUUGAUAAGACCGCAGCUCGUCCUGGUCCUGUAGACAAAAUUGCCAAUGGCACUAAAGGGAAAGGAAAACUACAGGGGAAGCAAGCGGCGGCCAGUGCAGCAGCUCCAGUUUGCCCCUCCACCAGCUCCGUGAGAACCUCGGAACAGCGGCAAUUUGUGCUGCAGUUUUUAACUUACGAUCGGUCGGAAUUGCUGCACAUAGCGGCGAUGAUGCGGAAAACAAGGCAGCACGAGAAAGAGGAUUAUGAGGGGGAUAAUCUUGUUAAUCCCAGCUGCAAGAACACAGGUUCGUCUGUUUCCGCUUUAGCUUUAUCUCGUAGGAUAUCCCACGAAAAAACUGUUUCACUGUAAGGAUUUUGCAGGUUUUGCAUCACAAGUUCGUUCUACAUGACAGGGAAAAUUUGCCAUGCAAGCUUCCUAAGGGAAAACACAGCUAAAAAUCCAAUGUCGUGCAUGUGUAGCAAGACAAACACAUUUGCGUUGCGUGCUAUGCAUCACAAGUUUACAGUGAAACAGUUUUUUCCUGUGAUAUAGGAGGUUUCUGCAACACAAAUUUAUCACCCACGACCCAGAGGAGUGGAAGAAGUACCGAGUUGCGAACGCGAGGAACGAGGAGCUGCGGACCACGUAUCAAAUGUAAAAAUGUCUGGGUCUGGAAGAAUGCAACUUGUGAUGCUGAAUUUGGAUUCCAAAAAAAUCUGUAUUGCAUGAGCAGCAAAGGGAAUGCAAUUUUUGCUACGCGGAGAGGGAAUUUGUCAUGCGGAAUAGGCAUCGCGAAGCCCUCAAAAAAUCUGUGGUGCUAGGGAUGCAUCACAGACAUCAUGGCCCGCGCAAAACAUGCAUGACAAGUCUCAGAAUCUUCCAGACCCAGACAUUUUUACACUUGAUACCACGAUGAUGAAGACAACUACAACAGGCAGCUACGACUAUGAGGGAAAUACAAUCUGUGCUGCUGAUGAACAGGCUGCACGAGUCAUGUCCUCACGACUAGGCGUUGUAGAAAGCACCGGCACCACGGGUGGGACUACCUCAACGUCAACUCAGCAAAAGAACAUCAACUUGGCGCUGGAGGAACACGCUGAUGGUAGUGACAACAAGAACGGCGCACUAAGUUUAAGUUACACUGCCACUUCCAGCUCGAGCGUUCCCGGCCCACCGGGACAUCAAGAGAAGAAUUACGUGGUCGAAACAACAAAUGUCAUCGUCUUUCCCUUCCCCAUAGUGCAAGCGAGCGAGAAGCUGCAGGGCAGAAUGCUCGACGAAGCGGUGGUCAAUGCCUCGCUGGGAAAGACCAAAAACGACAAGAACACGACCAAAGUGUCGACUGGAAUUGCGAAUAAGGAUAAAUCAAAAACAAUAAACCAAAAUAAGCACAAAAAGGGUGGCAAGAAUCUACUUUAUUCGAAGAAUGGCACGACGAAUGCAAGAGCCUCAGGAGCAAGAGCAUCAGCCACGCUAUCAUCCACCAACCAGCACGACCGUACCCGUCACUACAACAACCAGUCCCUUCUUCUCCUGCCGAACAACUGGACCGAAGCCUCCGACGAGGCGAAGCAAAAAGCCCUGGCAGUCGCGCUCCUCUCCGAGAACUUCGUCCUCAUUGACAUCAUGCAGCCACUGUCGGAGUAUUUUCGGGCACAAAUAAACGCCGUGGAGGAUUUUUCCGCGGUUUUGGAGCAAGUUUUCCUCUGCUUCCUCGACGAGGCGCUGAGUGUUGAGAUUUUCGAGGCCAGGUUCGAAUGGGCGUGGAUCGCGCGGACACGGCGGGAGGAGAAGUUACGGGCAGAAAGCGAGAAGAAACUGCAGGAAAGGAGAGAUUUUGAAGCCGCACUGAAGCUUUAUGCGCAAGAACAAUUUGACGAAAUUAUAAACGAGGAGCAUAUAAUGAAUCCUCAUCAACUUACACCUUCCGAUGGUGUCGCCUUUGUUCUUCCCCAGGUGGACGACCAAGGACGCAACUACACUGGCGCGGCAGAGGAGCAAGUUCUUUUCGAAGAUGAUGCGAACUUAUUUCCAGCGCGUCGGGUCGUGGAUAACGAUAACGUUUCUGCCUACACGACGUCCUUCAACCACAAUUUAUUUGGCGAAGAACAAGAUGUGGAAAACGACGACGAUUCUUCUACCUGGCAAACCGUGGUCACGACCACUACAAAAUCGCAGCAAAAAUCCUUGCAGAAACAAGAGGAGUAUGCCAAAUUCAAGCACGAGAGACUCGGCAGGGCGGUCCUGUUUUGUUUGGAAAAGAACCCGGGCGUAUGCUGUGCAAAAGUAUCGUACUCGUAUAAAUGCAGGUCUUGCAUUACAAAUUUCUUUGUCAAGGCAAAUCAGCAUUACAAAGUUUAUUUCUCAUGCUGAGAAAAUUUGUAAUGCAUUUAUACGAGUACGAUACUUUUGCACAGGAUAGGGCUACGCAUUUGACAAUUUGCUGUCGAAGUACUUCGAGAAGGACUUCCCGGCAAUUUUUGACCUCCUCAACGCACUCGCCACGGUGCAACACUUUGACAUCGGGAUGGUGAAACUAUUGAAAGCGGUCUGCGAGCUGGAAGGGCCGGAGGAAUGGGUGUUAGACGAGAGCUGUGCACAACAGGACGUUGUGACUGGUGCAACACCAACAGUAACAGAUAACAUGACACUUCACAAUGGUCGUACAAUGUUACCGUCGGCCGGUGCUCACUCUCACACCGAUGUGUUGAGCGGAGCCGGCUUUCCGAUUGCAUCACCUCCAAUGCACGAAGUAGAACUCCGCCGGAACAGCGGCACUACUAACAAGAGCGCCGCCAGCAAAAGAUCUCUAGCGGGAUCCUCGGCCGCGGCUGUUACUCGCAGCUCUAUUCCAGAAGAGAAAGCGUUGCUGUUUGAUGGUGGUGAGAGUGAUGAAGGAAGAAUUUUCAAGAAGGAGGACUUUGAAACAACAGUUGCAGCCAGUGCCAGCAGUUGCGUUAAUAACAUGCAAGACGCUUGGGCCAUCAGGAGUACAGCAAGAUCCGUAUUCGGCGGCGCAGUCUGUAAUGUAGGUACACACGAUGUCACACAUAGAGUGGACGAAGGCGCGACAACUACUGCAGCACUAGCGGAGGAAGAGCAAGAUCUUUUUGGGCAAGAGGAUUUUUCCUACCCGCACCCCACAACACCCGGAGGUGCGGGCGGUGAUCCUGGUGCGUUGCUUGCUAGGUCCUACAGUCGCGACACGGCAGUGGCCUAUGGUGCCCCAGGUUCGGGCGGAGAUAAUGCCUUAUUAUCACAGGAAAAAGCGUUAACGUCAACGGAGUUUGUGAUGCAGUAACGCAUCACAAAACGUGCCCAGGUUUGUCAUGCCUAGCAUGCAUGCUAGGCAAAAUUUGUCAUGCAUAUUUGCGAUCUAUGAAAACCUCCGUCAACGUUAGCCCUUUUUUGUUUGAUAUGCCUCGUCAAAUAGCCAAGGUAGAUCCAGUUUGUCAACGCCCGUUUUUUCCCAACGGAAUUCGGCAAGAACUAGUGGGGGAUUGAUCAUGAAUGCCGUGAAUUACAACACCAAGGCCGCCGCAACUCCUGGAGCAGAAGCAAAUACUGCGAUCAUGUUGUCACGACCUGAUGCUGAUAUGCCUGCAAGCACGCAAGUCCAAGUGCAAGAACGGCAAGAUGAACAUCAAACAGAAGCUGAACAAGCACAGGAAGACGAAGAUCUUCACGAUCACGACGACGACGAGUGUGAGGAAGAAGAUGAGGUCAAUUCCACGUCCUCGCCCGCGUUUUCCAUUGCAGUGCCCGUCCCACGACAAUCGCGGAAACCGGAUCUGAGUCCUGCAACCGCCUUCGUUUUGCAGAGCAACCCGUUCGCCAAUUUAGCGGACGACGACCACACCUAUGUGGGAGAUGAGGAGGGCGAAGAUGAAGAUGAUGAACCUGACAUGCGCGGGGGCGGCGGCCCCGAUCGCCCUGAAGAGGGCACAAUGACCAGCGACGAUGAAGAAGGGCACACCAACGACAGAAGCGCCGAAAACCAGUCGCAUCUGCUUCUCCAUUGGCUUCGGCAGCAGGACAGUACUUCUGCGAAUGGGAGAAAUCCUGGAAAAAAGAAAAAAUCCAGGACGAUCACGGCGGAGACCCUUCUUCACAACUACUGCAAACGAGAUGCUGGUGGUGGUGCCAAGGCCAAGCAUCUUUCCAGCAAAGCGAGGAAUAAGAGGAAAAACGCGUACCCGCACGGCCUUGCUUCUGAUGAUUUCUUGGUGGACAAAAUGAUCUCCAUGUCGGGAGCUGCAGGGAUGAAAAGUGCCACGACAUUUUUGCGGCGAGCAGCGGCGGAGGAGGAUGAGGAGGAGGAAGAACUUAUAACCAACUUGAUCAACGCACACUUCGCCGCGAAGAGACAGAGGGACCUGAUAAAAUGCUUGCUGAAGUGUUUGCAGAGGUUCUUCGUAGCUCACGAGGACCCGAGCAGAAUUAAUACUGAAGAUCGGCCCGUGGACGUGGUUGUUGACCACACCAACUUCACCAGCAUCGUAGGCACGACCGUCGCUUCUACUAUUCCCUUCGACGAUAGUACCUUUGUUCUAGAAAUCGUGAUAUCAACUGCAAAAAUGUCUGGGUCUGGAAAAAUGUAAACUUGUCAUGCAGAUUUUCCAUGACCCAUGAAGUCUGGAAUGCGGGACUUAGCACGACAGACUCCACGAGGUCUCUGCCAUGCCUAUCCUGCAUGAGAAGCUCCAUCCUAACUUGGGUUGGUCAAAAGUGCUGGACAGCUUUUGGUAAUCCUAAUCAUGCAUCACAGGUUUUUACAUGAUUCAGAUUUACCAUGACAAGUUGCCACGUUCCAGACCCAGACACUUUUGCAUUUGAUACGUGAACGCCUUGCAUCCGGUCUUAGCGUACCAAGAAAAGGCGCUCGAAUAUUGAGAGGAAAGAUCCCCCCUCCCCAUAUCGAAAAGGUAUCUUUCCGAAAAUUUGCGUUGCUGAUUUGAGGUCACAAAUCACAUUUGUCUUGCAAGAAGACAAGGGCAGAAGCUUCCGCCUUAUUAUGGAAGCGAUUUGUCAUGCUGUUGGGCCUAAAGGUCAGCCGUUUGCAAUGCUGAACAACUAGACCCGUACGCCCCUAGCUAGCCUGGGGAUCUGGGCGCAAUGCCUUCCUGCAAUACAAAUCUGAUUUGUGUACGCAAAUCCAGCAUCACAGGUCUCCUUUUUGAUAUGGGGAGGGGGGAUUUUUCCUUUUCAUAUCGACCCGCUACCCGAAGCGGCACUAGUUUACCUCUCUACAACAACUCCAGGUGCGGGAGCCGGUGGUGGAGUUGUUGAGAGUGUUGAGGGCGGGCCAGGAGGAGUUUUCUCUGCUGCAGAAAUGUUGCAGAAGAGACGGUCCAGUGUGUUGCACUGGCAGCCGCGGGGAGUUGGAACAGCUGCACAAAGUAGUGGCGAUAGAAUUACAUCUUCCACCAACUACAACAUGACUGCAGCAGGUGCGCUAUUGUCUUCAACGACGACCACGACAUCUAGUUACGCAAGGAAAAGAAGUUUUUCGAAGCCCUUACAACCUCUUGGGCACGACGUAGCGAACUUCCUGUCUGCGUUGAUGCAGUAUUGCGUUUACACUGAGCAAACAUCUUCAUUGGUGAAAAUUAUCGAGUCGCUGCAGUCCAUCAUCCUAUCCGGCGGUGUGGUCCAUUCAGGAACGUCGCCGAAAAACAACAAAAAGAAAAAGAGAACUGCAGAAGAUUUCCUCCGGGAUAUUACAGUGAAAAAUGCCCCCACGACCUCCAAAGUUGCAAAAAUUUGUGAUGCAAAGUUUACAAAUGAAAACUUUUUGUCAUACAUGAAAGGAGUAUACGAUCUUUCUGAUGCAGAGUCUAGGUGUAAAUAGCAUCGCUCGCAUGACACGCGAUGCUUUUGCUGGGAUCUUUUGCAAUACAAAUUUUUGCUAUUCACGAUUGGAGACCCGUGACGUUGGUAGAUGCAGGAGGGCGAGCGUUUCACUUGGAAAGGUUUGCAAUACGAAUGCUCCCAAGUUGAAGUUCGAGGGUGGGGGCAUUUUUCGGUGUAAUACGGGAGCAAGGCAUCAUCACGGAAGAAGCAGCAGCAGGUUCAGCCGCAGCUGGAAAUAAAACAAAAACAGCUUCUACUUCUGCAAGUAGAAACAGCAACAACACCAACAGCAAAACCAACCGCGCCACCAUGCAGUUUGCCUGCCAAGCCUUGGCGCAAUUUCUCGAACAUUUCCCGGUAUGUCUCAGGCCCUCCCGCUUCCCCAUCUUUCUGGGCACGACGACAAUGGUGCCCAGAAUUGUAUUAAACGAAGAGGGGGCUUGUACUGACAGGCCCUCCUGCGGCGCGACGCUCUCUACUUCCGCGGCAAAAGUAGAACAAACGAUUUUCAAACUGACCCGAGCCCCGGACAUCCUCCUCGCUGCGGUAAAAAAAGGCGCCGUCGAUAGGGGAGCGAGGAACAGCACUGCUUUUCUCGAUUUUAUUUCCGGUGUCUCGGCUGUGGAUUUUCAAUUCAGCGCGAAGGUGCUGGAGGAGGAGGUUGCAGUACAACGGGCAGCUGCUAGUAACUCUGACUCGAACAUCAGCACCAGAAGUCCGCGAGGAGCAGUUCCUCCGCCUCCGGAAUUACUAUUCGCAAGGGCUCGUAAUUAUAUUGGUACAACGGCGCAAAGUGAUCACCUGCAUGAACAUCGGCAGCUUCACGACAGCUCCAUCACCUCCCCGCAUGAUGUACUAGUUGAUCAAUCAACCCGGUACCGGCAACUUGACGCCGUCCGGAACAACCUGCUGAAUUGGAUUAUCUCCGACUUACUCCUCACCGAGCGCCGGUGCACGGCCGCGGCCAUGCUUCUGUCUAAAUUCGACAGCGUUUUCCCUGCGGACAACCUGCGGAAGCUACACAGGUUAACCGCGGAUCGAAAUUUCUACGAAAUCAGCGACGUGGUAAAGAAACAGGCUUUUCUUUUCGAGGAGCAGAAGAAAUACAAAUCGGCAAUGAAAAGCAUACAACUCCUUCAACAUCAUCCGAGUUUGAAUUUUCCGGUCAAUGGCCUGGCUAUGGCCAAUAAUGAAGUCAUAGUCAACCAUUUUGGUGGUACCGGUACUAGUAGUUAUGCUUGCGUAGAACAGCAUCAACAGCAGCAAACGAUGUUGAACCGAGUUCAAGUCGACGUCAUAUCCUGUGCAAAAGUAUCGCAUUGAUUCGUAUAAAUGCAAGCCUUGCAUUACAAAUCUUUUCCUUAAGGCAAAUCCGCACUACAAAUUUUAUUUUUCAUGCUGAAGAAAUUUGCAAUGCAUUUAGACGAAUACGAUACUUGUUUUGCAAUGCAUACGUCAGCUGGAUGGACCAUUUCUACAUGGGAGAUCCAGCCGUGAUUCGGGAAAUUCAGGCGCAAGUCGAGGAAAACGCACAGAAUAGAAGGAUCGACAUAUCGUAUGUAAAAACGUCGUCCCCACAACGUACUAGUUGUAAGGCAAAUCUGAAUGCUGAAUAUGUUUCUCAUGCGGAGCCCCAUGAGAUCCGUUUUCCUGUCGUGUUUUGGAAUUUGUCAUGCUCCAAGCAGCAUGAUGGACUAGAUCUGUGAUGCUACUGAGCUAGUACUAGCUCAAACAGCCCUACACUACGAGUCCAAAUUUGUCAUGCAAAACAGCCAAAGUUCGUGGAUUUGUGUUUGUCUAGCCGAUUCCCCAUCUUGACUAUGGGGUCGUGGCGACGCUGUUUUUACAUAGGAUACGACAACAGAAAUGCGAAUAUGGGGCGUGGAGGAGGGGGGUUUCUGAGAUUGCCGUGAAGUCUAUCACUAGACCAAAGUAUGAUAGAUUGAUAGUGUGGCUCUAAUAUCGGCUUGGGCUUUCUACUUCUGUUGGGUAUGGGUUUGAUUAUUCUUAUUGUUUAUUUUAAAUGUACGACUACGACCUUUUUGGGAUAGAAGAUACUUACGUUGAAGAGCUUUUUUUGGGGAAGAAGUCAUUUUAAGUACAUGUAUGAUGCAAGCGGGGCUGCACGAUAGUAAGUGCACGCAUAAUAUCAUGAGAAGAAGUGGGGACGAUGUGGAACUACAGGAGCGGGCGCAUAUUGUCAAAAAUGUCAGCGACGCAAGAACAAAGAAAAUGUCAGCGACGAGUACUAAAAAAAUCGAAAUCCACUACACGGCAGCUUUGAAUUACUAUAGUUCAGCACCAGUCGCAUGAUCUGUCGGGGAGUUUUCAAUUUUGUUGUUGGCGGCCACAACGUGUCAUGAUCCUGUUGUCGAAUUGUUGCAAGCAACCUUUAUGAAGAGGGUCUUUACCUCCUCCUAUAUAAUUGUGGACACGCACCAUCGUCUUAAGCUCUCGUUAUUAGUCCUCUCACUGUUGCUGUGCUGGUUUUAGUUAUUGUCCCCCUUGAUCUUUCAUCUUGAACUUAUUCUAAAUUUCUUCGAGUGCUGCCGUGUCUAGUACAGCGCAGAGACAAUACUUAUUGUCACGAACAACUGUAUCCUGUGCAAAAGUAUCGUACUCGUAUAAAUGCAGGUCUUGCAUUACAAAUUUCUUUGUCAAUGCAAAUCAGCAUUACAAAUUUUAUUUCUCAUGCUGGGAAAGUUUGUAAUGCAUUUAUACGAGUACGAUACUUUUGCAGUUCAUAAACUGUCGUGCACGAAGUACUACAUCUACAGCUUGACUUUGAGUUUGACAACUCGUUCUUCAUAAAGUUGAUGAAUUUUGAUUUUCCUCGUCCAUCAAACGUACGGCCCAUGGAGGCCAUGUUUUGGUGUAGCUCUUCUUGCGCAUUUGUUGUUUCGUCCAAACCAAAAACGUCCAAACGUGUUGUUCGUACGUCCACCGUGGUUAAGUACUGUCUUUGAGACAACUGAGGCAAGAUGUUGCUCCACCUCGCAGUUGUACUUGACUGCAGCUCUUCAUCUGCAGCCACCCACAGUUGUCGGUAUUCUAG